CGGGCUGGGCGGUCACCGGGACCGGGGCCUGCCGCUGCCGCCCGGGCCGCGCCGCCGGAGGAGCCGCCUGGGAGCAUCAUGUCUGCUCAGGAGCAGCAACAGGCGCAGCAACCCCCCCCUACCCCGACCGCCGCCCCCCCCGAAGCUGCGGAGCCGGACGCCGCGAACAGAUACGAAGCGGUCGUUCCCCACUGGUUUUACCGCAAGGUGACGGACUGCAGGGAGCGGUGGGUCCCCUUCAGCACGCAGGACUCGGAGAGGCUGGAGGAGGCUCACGGUGCAGGGAGAGACAAAGAAGAUCUGGUUGUCCCAACGUCGGGGGGUAGGUACGACGUGCAUCUGAAGAAGAGGCAGCGCGUCGCGGUCUACUGGGAGGAGGAGGUAUCUGAAGUGCGUCGCUGCACCUGGUUUUACAAGGGAGACAAGGACAACAAAUAUAUUCCCUACUCGGAGACCUUCAGCGAGGAACUGGAGGAAGCUUACAUGAUUGCUGUGACCUUGGAUGAGUGGAAGAAGAAACUGGAGUCCCCUAGCAGGGAAAUCAUUAUCUUGCACAACCCAAAGCUGAUGGUGCACUACCAUCCGGUUGCCACCUCCGAUGACUGGGGCUCAACUCCUACGGAACAAGGUCGACCUCGGACUGUGAAGAGAGGCGUAGAAAACAUCGCUGCCGAGAUCCCCAACGGAGAGCCGCUGCAAAUUGAUCACCUGGUUUUCGUGGUGCACGGGAUCGGCCCUGCGUGCGACAUUCGGUUCAGGAGCAUCGUCCAGUGCGUGAACGACUUCAGGAACGUUUCCCUGAGCAUGCUGCAAGCGCACUUCAAGAAAGCCCAGGAGCAGCAGCAGAUCGGCCGGGUGGAGUUCCUACCUGUGAACUGGCACAGCUCCCUCCACUCCACCGGCGUGGACGUCGACCUGGAGCGAAUCACUUUGCCGAGCAUCAAUCGCCUGCGUCACUUCAUCAACGACACCAUCCUGGACGUUUUCUUUUACAACAGCUCCACCUAUUGCCAGACCAUCGUGGACACGGUGGCGUCCGAAAUGAACCGCCUGUACCAGCUCUUCCUGCAGAGGAACCCCCUCUUCAAAGGGGGGGUCUCCAUUGCGGGGCACAGCUUGGGGUCGCUCAUUUUGUUUGAUCUCCUGACGAACCAGAAGGCUGCUCCCGAGGAGGAUGAGCAUAGCAAAGAGGUAGUACGGGCUCUCCGGCAGUGCACGGACCCGCGGGGAACUCCUGCAGCGCUUGCACGCUGUGCCGGUGCAACGUCACACCGACCUGCUGCUGCGGCUGCUGCUUGGGGAAGGGGGGGAAGAGACUCCAGAACGCACAGGAGAAAAUCAGCGAGCGCAAAGCACAAUCCCCGAUGGCUCUUUUCACAGGGAUCCAGGACAACCUCAAGCACCGGGGGUAUUGAGGAAGUAAAAGAAAUCCUGAAGAAGCUGGAGCUGUCCGAAUAUUGUGAUGUUUUUGAGAAGGAGAAAAUGGACGGGCAAGCACUGUUCUUGUGCACAGAGAAAAACCUUAAAGAAAUGGGAAUUCCCUUAGGACCAAGAAUGAAGAUACUUCAUUACAUCAGCUCCAAGAUGCAGACGCAGGACCAGAGCGCAGCAGGUCCCGGGCACAGUGGGGAGAGCGGAGCGGAGCCCGGGUCCCCGCUGCAGCGUGACCCAGAGAGCACAGAUGACGGCAGGAAUUGCCAGUACCGGGAUGUUGGCUUAGGACAGGUCUCGGCAAACUAUCCACAGCUGAACUACAAGCCCACCAUCUUCUUUGCUUUUGGGUCUCCCAUCGGGAUGUUUCUCACAGUGCGAGGAGUGAAGCGGAUCAACCCAAACUACAGCCUGCCCACCUGCAAAGGCUUCUUCAACAUCUUCCACCCUUUCGACCCGGUGGCGUACAGGAUUGAGCCCAUGAUCGUCCCAGACCUGGAGUUUGAGCCCAUGCUGCUGCCCCAUCACAAGGGCAGGAAGAGAAUGCACCUGGAGCUGAAGGAAGGGCUGACUCGCAUGAGCGUGGACCUGAAGAACAACCUGCUGGGGUCCCUGCGGGUAGCCUGGCAGUCCUUCACUCGAGCCCCGCUGCCGGCCGUGGAAGCGGCAAGUACCGACACCGAAACGGCGGCAGAGGUCGGCACGGAGAAGCAGCCAGACACAAAGCCAGACGAGGCCCCCGCAGCGGCGAAAGAAGAGGCCUCCCUCAUUAACGUGGGGAGGCUGAACGGAGGGAAUCGCAUAGACUACGUGCUGCAGGAGAAGCCAAUAGAGAGCUUUAACGAGUAUUUAUUUGCACUACAAGGGCAUCUCUGCUAUUGGGAGUCGGAAGACACUGUUCUGCUGGUUCUGAAGGAGAUCUACCAGACACAAGGCAUUACCCCGGAUCAACCUUUGCCAGGAAGCCACUGACCAACCUCCGCUGUUCUGGCCGCUUGAGAUCCAAUUCAACCGAGUACUCACCAAGAAAGUCCAGAUUUCCUCUCUGCCUUCCUCUCUCCUCUGCUGCUGUGUCCCGCAUGCUGCUUCCCAAGUACUUGCUGCUACCUGGAGAUAAGGAUGAUUUUCCUCCAUUUUGGGUAGGGGCGGGGGGAAAGAAUAUCAAGGGAAAACACCUCUGCUCAAACACCCACAGCACUCGCCCUGUGACUCCCUGUGGCAACACGUACUUUUAACCCUCCGUCUCAGAAGUUAUCAUACUAGCUCCUCUAGCACCGAAGCAGACUAGCUGUCCGGGCUCAGAACCCACAUCGAGGGCCUGAUUCUGCUCCUGGCACGGUGAGGAAACUCGCAGCUUGUGACCUUGAGGAAUAAAAGCCUUAAACGCGCACCGCGGAGAGAGCUAUAGCAGCCUUGUCGAGCGGAGAUUGCCGACUUCUCCCUGCCAUAACACAGAGCACCAGGCGUGAGGACCGCGGUCUUUGGGAGGUGAAGCCCAGGGCACAGGCAUCUGCUGUUAAGCGAGCAGGAAUGCAUCUACCAGCCCUUCUCAUCUCCCCGAAUUGCUGCUGCAUGGUUUGUGCACCCCUGGGCAGGAUUACCCCCUAAACCAGCUCCUGAGCGCGGCACGUUUGUGCGCACUUGACCCAGGCGCUCCUGCCUGCUGUAAUACGUCGGUAGCAACUUCUCAGCAUCCUCACCCAGCCCGCGGCAUCCUCCCCGAGGCACUGCCCGCAUCGUGGUAGGACCAAGCUUCACCUCCAGAUCAAACUGCAGCUAGACCGGGGGAAAGCAGCCGCUCCUCAGCAGCAUCCAGGCAGUCUCUGGAGGGACAGCCCUCCCGGGCUUCGCAGGGGCACGGAGCCACGCUUCCGUCCUGCUGCAGGGUGGCUUGCAGGGUGGCUACAGGGAUCUCACACCAGCCAGGCUCCCAUCAUUGGGUUUGGUUUUAAAUACACGAAACGCAGGGUCUGGAUGCCGUGUCCCAACGGCCCCGCUGAAGAAACGACACCAGCUCUGCGGGCAGCUCUGCCUGCAGCUGCCCGUGGUGCGCUAGCUCUGCUCCAAGGGGCACGGACCCAGAGAGCCCCCGGUGACCCCCCCCCUUGCCACCAGAACCACGCGGGCUGCUGGGGCCGAGGCAGACGCUUCAGAGAGGUGUCGGGCCGUUGCUGUGACAGCCUCUGGAAAAGCCAAACCACUGUCCCUCCCACCGACUACUGCCCUGCGUGGGGUAAGGAGCCUUUUUUCCACAGCCUGUUUGUUUGUCCUCUGUUGUACUACGUUAUUUGCACUAUUUGGAAGGUUUUGUUUGCAGCCUACGUCCCCCCCCCUCCAAAAGGAACAGAAGCUGUUCUUUUACCUGACUGCAGAAACACGCUGCUCAGUCGGCGCCUGAACUACUGAUUGCUAAAGCGUCUCCUACAAGAGGAGGAAAAGGAACAGUCUUAACGAGGGGCACUCUCAUGAUCAGCUUUUUAAGUUAUGCACUUUGUUAAAAAAAGUUAAAUACAUUUUAAAUGUUAUUUAAUGUCUUUUCCAGUAAAAGCCAAAAUAAAUAAGUAGAUGAC